UGAAUUCCAAGUCGUCAACAUUAAGGGUAGACAUAGAAUUAAGACGCCUAACACCAAAAGUGGUUUAACUUGAAAGUCACUUUUCCAUCCACACUCCACUAACACUCCAAUACUUGUAAAUCACUACUCACUAUAUAUACAACUAACCACACGCCGCCUGAACAGACCCAUAAACACAGACGCCUAACCAACAACAACCCAAAAGCAUUAGCCAUCAGCGCAUCACGCACCCAUCAGGCAGAUUGAGAUAGUGAUGGAGUGUGCGGCAAAAGCAGUUGGUGGGCGUAAUUUGGCCGCAAUUGGCGUGAUGAUGCAGCUAAUGUUGCUAUCAGUUGCGGAGAAUGCAGCGGUGUAUAAGGUUGGGGAUGCAGCUGGGUGGACUACUAUUGGCAACAUCGACUACAAAAAUUGGGCUGCUACCAAGACAUUUCGUGUUUCUGAUGUCAUUGUUUUCCAAUACAAUCCUCAAUUUCACAACGUAAUGCAAGUGAACCAUGAAGGGUACAAAGCGUGCAAUGCAUCAUCCCCAAUUUCAACCCACACGACAGGAAAUGACACCAUUAUAAUCACUAGGCACGGUCAUUACUUCUUCCUGUGCGGAGUCCCCGGUCACUGUCAGGCAGGGCAGAAAGUCGACAUCCAUGUGCUCCGCAGUACAACCUCUUCGAUCGCACCAUCUCCUUCCGUAGCUGUUGCUUCAUCGCCCAUUAAUCCGGUCGCUAGUGCUGUGUCUCCUGGUCCUUCAAAUCAUGCCCCUGCUGUAACAUCGUUUGUGCCACUACAGGGUAUUCUCAGUAUAAUGACUGCAAUCAUGCUUGCAUUUUAUUUGGUACAAAAUGAGUGAUGUAGUAACUUCCACUGUCAGUUUAAAUUUUGAGUAUCUUUGAUUUUUUUUUGUCUGUUGAUAAGGAUUUAAAUUGCAAAAGAACAAAUCUUGUGAAUGUUGCUAGGAAUGAUAUCCAAUGUGUUUUGUUAAAGUUGAUUGAAUGAUUACCAUUGAUAUCUAUGUUGAAAAUUUAAAGAAA